CCCCAGUCCUCUGACUCUUGCCCUCUGCUGCUAUUUAUUUAUUAAUUUUUUUGUGAGUUUGCAUGUUCAUCUUGUGCAACUUUAACGUGUAUUUAUUUGCAUUAUUUCCUAUUUGUAAUUUAAAUCGCCGAUUUUAAUUCGUCUUAUACUAAUGUUUUAUCAUAUACUUGCUCUGGUAUCAUAGACUUAACAGUAGUGGGUCCUAUAUUUUUUAUUUAUUACAAGUCCAUGCCUGCUGCCGGUCUUGUCUUGAACUAUUUGUUCAUUAUUAUUAGGCUAUCAGAAUACCAGUCACUUAAGACUCGCCAACCUUAUCCUGGAUAUUGAGGCACAAUUAUGUUUAAGAAAUUCGAUGAAAAAGAAAGCAUCUCUGGAGUCCAGCAAUUGAAAUCUUCUGUUCAAAAAGGAAUUAGGUCAAAGUUAUUGGAACAAUUUCCACACUUAGAAAGCUACAUUGAUACAAUAUUACCUAAGAAGGAUAUUUUUAGGAUAGUUAAGUGCCAUGAUCAUAUAGAAAUCAUAGUAAACGGAUCUGGUGAAUUGUUAUUCUUCCGACACAGGGAAGGACCAUGGAUGCCGACUUUGCGACUCUUGCACAAAUAUCCGUUCAUCCUGCCAUGGCAGCAAGUAGACAAGGGCGCCAUCAGGUUUGUGCUGAGCGGAGCCAACAUCAUGUGUCCCGGUCUGACCAGCCCCGGCGCCAUCAUGACUCCGGCGCCCAAGGGCACCGUUGUUGCUAUCAUGGCGGAAGGGAAGCAGCAUGCACUAGCUGUCGGGAUCACAACUUUAUCAACAGAUGAAAUAGCAAAAGUCAAUAAAGGAAUAGGAGUUGAAAAUUGCCACUACCUGAACGAUGGACUUUGGCAGAUGAAGCCUGUCAAGUGAAGGACGUCAACCAAGUUGAUUCUGGGCCAAACUAAUUGUUGAUUAUGGAAAUAAAGCUGUUUCUAUGUAUAUUUUAUAA